GCAAGGAAACAAAAACUGCAUCACUGCCUGUAACUUUAACAUCAGUUUUAUAUGCUCAGAUCAGGGUCAUCACUGUCAUCCCCCAGAUGUUAUCGUUAAAUAAAACUACAGAGACUUGUUCCUGACUCUGCAUCAAACUAGGAGGGAUCUUUAGGAAACAGAGACAGAGGUGCUGCUGAUUUAGGACUUUGUCUCUCCUCUUUCCUCCGUACUCUGUCCUCUGUCUCUCCGGCGGACUGACGCGGCUGCAGACACGUGAACGAGGCACAGCCAUGUUGGGUGCCCUCGUCCUUCUGUCCCUCACCUCCCUGGUGGCCCUGGUGCCUCCUCCUCCCGUCCCCUGCAGGCAGUGCUGUGAUGACCUGGAGCCACCAGAGGGCAGCGGAGCCCAGCCUCCAACAGGAGGUUUCAGCCAUGUGCCAGAGGUCCGCACCUACAUCAACAUGACCAUCCUCAAAGGUGACAAAGGAGACCGUGGCGACAGAGGAACGCCUGGUAAACCUGGACAAGAAGGCCCUCCAGGCUCCAGAGGUCCCACAGGCUCAAAGGGCGCCAAGGGCCAGGCAGGUCCCCCAGGAGACCCCUGCAAAGUCCAGUACUCCGCCUUCUCCGUCGGCCGCCGCAAAUCCCUCCACAGCCUGGACUCCUACCAGGGGCUUGUGUUUGACACAGUCUUCGUCAACCUCGACGACCACUUCAACAUGUUCAACGGGAAAUUCAUCUGCCACGUCCCGGGGAUCUACUUCUUCAAUGUCAACAUCCACACGUGGAACUUCAAGGAGACAUAUCUGCACAUCAUGCACAACGACACAGAGCAGGCCAUCGUGUACGCCCAGCCCAGCGACCGCUCCAUCAUGCAGAGUCAGAGCGUGAUGCUGGAGCUGGAGCUGAAGGACGAAGUGUGGAUCCGCCUGUACAAGAGGGAGAGGGAGAACGCAGUCUACAGCGACGAUGUAGAUGUCUAUAUCACUUUUAACGGCUACCUCAUCAAAGGUAGUGUAGAGGGAAACUGAAUAAGAGAGGGGAGGCAAGGCCAAGGAUGAGACUGUUGGAUGGAAAGCAAACAAAUUGAACUGACGCAGCAGCCGAAUGCAAAUUACUGUAAAAUAGUUCUCUUCUUCCUUUUAUAUCCAGAUAUAAAAAGGAGCUCAGCAUGCUUCACAGUGGUGCUACAAUCAAAAUGGUCGCUAGAGAAUGAGCAAUACCUCUGAGAAAAUGUGAAGAAACAAAGGUGCUCAUCAGCCUAGUAGAAAGAAAGUAAAUACAGCAGAUUAAUUGUCUUAAUGCUGCGUAUAUUUCUCAUUUCUCAUGGUUUCAUUAAAGGAAUAGUUCAACAUUUUUGGGGAGAAAUAUGCUAAUUUGUUUUCUCACCAAGAAUAUGGAGACUGAUACCACUCUCAUCCCUGUGCGAUGAAUUUGUAGCUGAAACCAGCAGCCAGUUAGCUUAGCUUAGCUUAGCUUAGCUUAGCUUAGCAUAAAGUCAGCAAAUAGCAAAAUCAGUGGUGAUCUUAGACUCUGGAGGCCACAGACAAAGAAGCCCAACUUGGCCUUGAUGGUUGCACUGAUGAUUACACCUAACGUAUGUAUGACAGUUACAGAUAGCUAGCUGACUGUCCUAGCUAACGGGAUCCAGCCGUUGACGGUAGCUAGAAAGGGGGCAGUUGCAGUGCACUGUGUUGUGCUUUUACAGGAGGUGUAAGGGGAUCUAUAGUUGUCACUGCAAAAUGUGCAACUGUGAGUUGCCAUCAGGGUCCCCUUUUCCAAAUUUGUUUGGGGAGCAACACCAAACAUUUGCCUGGUUUGCCUCCUCUGACUGUGCACCCCUGGGCAAAACCACUAGCCCUACCAGCAGCUCUAAAGCUCACUAAUUAUUAAUUUUAUCUUGUUUGUUUGGGAGCAGAGAUAACUUGACAUUUUACAACAUUGGUUUUGCACAAAUUAAACAAACAAGAUAUAACUUGUUAAGAUUACAGAUGCAGUUAGAGGGAUUUUAUUACCUACAGACAGAGCCAGGCUAGCUGUUUCCCCUGUUUUCAGUGUUUAUGCUAAGCUAAACUAAACAGCUGCUAGCUGCAACUUAAUAUUUAGCUCACUAGCAUGAGAGCGGUAUCAGUCUUUGAAGGUCUAAUGUGUAGGAUUUUGUGGCAUCUAGUGGUGAGGUUGCGGAUUGCAACCAAAUGAAAACCUCUCUAGAGCCAGUGUUUGAUUUGUCCCUUCUGGGCUACUGUAGAAACAACAUGACAGACUCCCUGGAAGAAGACAUGUAGAUAUGAUAUGUAGAUAUAAACGGCUCAUUCUAAGGUAACGAAAACACAACGAUUCUAAUUUUCAGGUGAUUAUAAACUAUUAAAAACAUAGUUAUUAAUAUUAAGUCCCAUUUCUGCCAAUAUAUCCCCAUAAAUCCUACACACUAGACCUUUAAUCCCACCAAGCAAUAAUUUUAAAACCAAAAAAAGACAGAAUUUUCCCUGCAUAUUUUAUAAUCUGUUUAAUUUCAGUGACAGACAAUGAAAAUCAAAAGAUUUCUGACAUUUAGUAAUCUCUCUCUGUAUUGAAGAGAUGAAGCAAUAGCUUAUGGAAUCCAAUAUGUGGUGCUAAAACAUGGUGCUAACUUUGUUGUGUACAGAUUUGAGUUUGUGAAACUGCAGGAAGCAAAAUGUUCUCUCCCCGUAAGAUUUAAUGUAAUGGAUUAACUUUGAUAUUUUUAUUGACUGAAUUGUGUUUUGCUUUUAAAGUGUACUUGAAGGUUUGCCUGAAGGUGCUGAUUAUCCUCCCUUUGUUCCUCCCUUUAUGUUUAGUAUCAUGUAAAUAUAAUGUCAAUGAAGAUAUAACGGUGCAUUGUACCCAGCUGCAACAUAAAGCAGUAAUAUGCUAUUGUCAUACUGUGAAACAAUUACCUGCAGUUAAUACAGAUAGAUGGAGUUCCAUUUUCCAACUGUCACCACAAGAGAACAGUUACGAUUUAAUGUUAAUUUCCGUUGGUUUCUAAUUGCAUCCGCUUAGUUACUUAGAAUUAAUUUGCAGGUAUUGACCAUAAGUAUAAAUAUGGUAUCAUACAAUGUUGUAAUACUCUUGUAGUAAUCACACUAAUGUACUAUGUUUGUACAUGAUUUUACUAAUAAUGAUUAUGUUGACAUUGUCACAGAUUAAAUACAGUUCCUCACCAUGACCACUGGAGGGAAGUGUACACUCAUGAUUUUAAACGUCAGCCCAACAGAAUCAGUCUUUGGGAAAAAAUUCUGAAUAAAAGGAG